AUGAGUACCACGGACCCUACCGGGGAGGGUGGAGGAGGGGGAGGAGGAGGAGGGGAGAGCGCCUCGACGACAAACGUCGAGCAGACCGCAUCCCCGAGCACGCCGAUCACCGGCAUCGGCACCGCCGUGCCGGCGCAGCCGGCCGCUCAACAGCAACAGCAACAGCAACCGCAGCAACAUCCGCCGCCGUCGCCUCUAAGCGGCUGCUACCUCCUCGUGGUGCUUCCUGAGCCUCAUACCGCACAACACAAGGACCUCAUCCUAAACCGCCUUGCGAAAGGUUUUCUAUCAUGGGACAAGGACAGUUGUCACGUAGAUCUGGAAAAGGAAUUAUCGGCCUUAGUAGCGCAAGCCCCCGAAGGCGAGGAAGCCAGAAACGGCGAAAGAUUGAUCCAAUAUGCCACCGAGAACCUCGUGACAGAGGUUCUCAUUCACCCGCAGACGAAUACAUUAUUACAAUGUAUUCGCAAUCUCCUUGCGAGCUUCACGAAACAUCGGCACAUCAUACACGCUGGAUAUACAUUCGGUGGCAAUGGUUCCUGGAUAUUGCAGGAUGGAACCUUCAGUCUCGCAGACUUUCUGGAUGCGUUCAGUGAACAUGAAGUGCAAAGAGUCCUUCGUGCCUACGAGAAUAGCGUUACCGUAGAUAUACAUUGCGCGGGUGUCGGCGAUUGGACGACAAGUCGAUUAUCGAAGGAGGCAUGUUGCAGAUCUUGCAGAUCUGUCAGAGUGAACCCCGACGAUGUUCUCACAGCCGGCGUACCGGCCAUCAUGAGUUUUACGAAUUACAUCGGACAGUAUCUCGUGCCGCAAACACUAGACCAGCUCAUGGAACCGUCCGACGUCGUUGGAAACAUUAGAUUUAGCCAUCCGACCUUAUACGUCUUCCCCGGUGGGCAAGGUGACGCCGCGCUUUUUGGUAUAAACGGCUUCAACAUGCUCGUCGACGGCGGUUUCGCCAGGAAAGCAUGCUUCUGGGACUUCACCAGGCAUCUCGACCGAUUGGAUGCUGUUCUAGUCACUAGGAUAAAUAAUAGUAACAUCGGCGGCAUGUUUAGUGUUCUUCACAAAAAGAAAGAGAUGCACGUCUACCCUCAGAUCGGCCAUUUCUUCUGUAACUUAGUUGAAAGAAGACAAUCAAAUUCACCCGACGGCGAUAAGGACAUCGAUCCGCUCGUUCUCAAUCUCACCGACAUUGGUCAAGAGAUGGUGAUGAACCUUCGACACGUUAACCUUCGCGCUCAUCCUUGCUACAGAGAUCCCAAUCCUAUCAACCUCUAUCACAAGGUGGGCCACGGCACGCUGGAUAUGUACGUGCUCAGUCCGAGCAAGGAUAGUCGCGAGGUGCGCGAGUUCCUGGCAAAGUGGCACACGUCGGACUCGAAGCUGUUCGCAGGUUCUCACAAGAAGGAUUCGAACACUCUCACAUUCCCGAUCCAGAAUCUUGUCUCGAUAUGCGCGCUUCUGGUCUGGCAGCCGGCCAAUCCCGAGGACAAUAUCACGAGGAUUCUGUUUCCCGGCAGUACGCCGCAGCACAAGAUCUUCGAAGGUUUUGAACGAUUGAAACGUCUGGACUUCUUGAAGCAUCCGGUAUGUUCAGCGAAGACAUUGUCACCGUCAGUGUCCUUGACGACGCUCAAGCCAGCCAAGCAGAAAUUCAGUCUUAUCGAGAAGGAGCCCAAGAAAAUUUCGGAGCCGAAGAAAGAGAAGAGAGAACCGUCGGAACCCAAGUCCAUUAAGGCCGCGGACGAGACUGUAUCCAAGAGUAUCCCUCAAUCGACGCCGAUUAUAUCUACGAGUAAACUCAAGACCGAGCCGAUAAAGACGAAAAAAGUUGUGGAGAACAAGAAGCUCGAAAUCGAGGCGAAGGAGAGUAAGAAAAUUGAAAAGGAAUUGAAAGAGAUAAAGAAGGAGCCGAAGAAAGAGCCGAUUAAAGUGGAGAAGCCCGAAAAACGAGAGGAUGAUGUGAAAAAAAUUGAUUUAAUCAAAUCGGAGCCCGAGAAGACCAAGGAGCCAAAACCUAAGCCUGAGCCAAAAAAGAAAGAACCAAAAGAAAGCAAGGUAAAAGUCGAAUUGAAGAAGAGCGAAGUAACUCCGAAGCCAAAGCCGAUUGAAAAAAAAGCCAAACCUUCCGGGGCGGAAAAGAGAGACGCCGUAAAGUCUUCCCCGACUACCCCGAAGAAGACUCUGAACGGUGCUGCAACGAAGACGGAGUUAUCGAAAGCUGUGCCGAAGGCGAAACCGGCGGCCAAGGUCGCUCCAAGUCUUCCAGCCAAAAGCGCCAAGGAGGCCAACAACAGGAAAGUGGUGGAACAAAAGAAGUCCGAGGUCGAGAAGUCCGCCGUGAAGGAUACUGCGGCGCCCAUUGUCAAGGUCUCCGCGAAACCUAAGCCGAUGGACAGGAAGCCGAUCGUCCGUCGCGCGAAACCGAUCAGUCCCAAUAAAGCUCGUCUACCGGGCAGCCCGGCGAAAUCUACUCGCAGUACUCCGACCGCUUCUGUAAAAUCGGAUAAAGACGGUGUUAUUCGUAAAGUGAAGGGCGACAAAGGCACCACCGACUCGUCCACGGUCUCCACUCCGUCUGGCAUAGAACCAGAAGCCGUAAAACCGAUCGAUAAGAGCUUAGUCGAGCAAUCUGAAGAUAUGUCACUAGAUUCUAUUGAAAGUAAAGUGCUGGCGGACCUCAAGGAAGAGCGGGAGGUAGUCGAAGAAAUUGAAGCUGUUUUACAGAAGGCGGAAAGAAUUGAAGACAAAAAGGACGAUCGUUUCGAGGGUGAUGAUGAAAUUACUGCUGAAGCCGAUAAGAAGGAGGAGGAUAUCACGGAGGAGGAUGUCACAGCAGAGAUCGAAGACGUGCCCAAGAAGGAAAGUUCUAGAAAAGAAAGUCAGGAAUUGACUGAGGAAGAUGAAUAUCUUAUCGUAGAGAAGGAAGAGGUUUACACCGAGGAUUCUGCUCAGAGCGGCGAGGGCGAACAAAAGCACGUUCUCGACGAAGCCCAGUCAGAAAAGGCAAAAAUACUGAAAGACGUAGAGGCAAUGAAAGAAAAGGGUGAGAAAGAGGAACCUGAGGAGAAAGGAAAAGACGACAGUCCAGAAAAGAAAGCAGAAAAGAUCGUGGAUAAAAAAGAAAAAGAAAUCGCUGGAUUAUCGUCGGAACAUAAAGAACAAUUACAGGAAGAAGUAAAAGAGAUAAUAGCAUCCGCAGCCGAAAUCGUACAGAAAGCCGAAGAAAAGGACGAGUCCGGUAAGAAGGACAGCGAGGAAAUCACGAAAGAGCCAUCCAGUUUAAGUCCGGAUAAAUUAGAUUCAUCGGAGAAAAAAACGACCGAUACGGACAUGAAGCCGGAUGCCGAUCAGAAGGAGAAUAUUCUUGAAAAGAUGGAGGAGUCUCAGGAACGAAUUUCGACAAUAGAAUCGGGGGCCACUACAACCGCUCCGACUUUACCUGAAGACGAGCGAAUACCGUUGGAUGAAAUAAAAGAGGAUAUUGACGAGAAACAUGUUAUUGAAGAGGUAAAGGAGAAGGACGCUCCUGCAAAAUUGAAGAAGGAGGUCGUUCCGGAAACUGUUUUCGCGGCCGCUAAGCCGGAAGUUAAAGUUUUUGAUGUUCGCCAGGCAACGCAGAAUUUGCAAAGAGACAUCGUUAAAACACCCGAUGAGGUUGCCGAUCUCCCAGUUCAUGAAGAAGUCGAUCCUAAACUUUACAGAAUGGACGAUUUCGAGAAAAGAAAAGAGGAAAAGCCAUCACCGACUGCGCAGGAAAGUAAAGAACCGCCCACUCCAACCGGGAAAGAGCAAAAGGGUGUCUUCAGCUUCUUUGGCAAGGUGGCGGAUAAAUUUGAAAAAGGUAUUGAUAAAUUGACAAAAAAGAAAAAGGAUUCCGAGAAGGAUUCCGACGAAAAAUCUUCCUCGAAAUCGAGUUCUCCGAAAGAGCCGAAAGUGCAAGAGAAAGUAUUCUUGGAGGAGGUCGAUAUGGAAAAAAUGUUCCCUAAAGUCGGCAAGCCUACUGACAAACCUGAAACAUUUGAAGAAGUGAAACCUACGAUUGCUGACGUGAAAGUGGCUGCUAUCAAGGAAACCGCGACGUUUAUACAGGAAGAAAUAAUGGACGCGCAAAGACGAAGUGUGCCGGAUAUCGAAGAGAAACUUCCAGCUGACAAGUUGGAUGAGAUUAAAAUAGUAGAAGCUAUUUCGCCGGCGAAAUUAAUUGACGAUAAGGAAAUUGCAAAAGAGAUUGAACUUUUGAAGGAAGAAGACGUCGGAGAAGAUGUAGAAGAGGUAAAGGCACUUUUGGAAGAAGCCUCGAAAAAAUUCAAAACUGUGAAAGAUAGUUUAAGAGAUUCGUUGGAAUCUUUGGAAGAUAAAAUUAAAGAGGAGAUAGCAGAGGUACAUGAAACCCCAGCCGCCUUGAAGGAUGCAGUAAAAGAUACUUUGGCAGGGGUGGCUGAGAAGUUGGAAGAGAUUAAGCCACAUAUCGAGAGUCACUUGCCCGACAUAAAAGAACCGGAGAAAGUCAAAUUUGCUAUACCAAAGGACGAAGAAUUUGAAGAAGAAUAUGAAGAGGAAAUAGAGGGGCCUUACAGAGACAUGAAAGAAGCAGUUAGGGAUGUCGGAGAAGUCCUUGCUGGUGUUGCCGGCAUCGAGCUUGAAGAGAAACCUAAGGAUGUUGAGAUGAUCGUGAAGAAAGUCGCCGAGGUUCUCAGAGAAGACGAUUUUCUUUCUGACAAAACGCUGUUCGAUCAAGAACCUAAGAAAGAAGAGACCUCGCCGAUUUCGACGGACAGAAAACCGUCGAAAGAAGAAAUCGCUCCAAUUUCGGCAGAAAGAAAGCCUUCCGUAUCAGGUGAAAAAUCUCCAGAGAAGGUCGCUAAAUUAGAAGAGGAGGAAAUUUGGUAUAGCAAACUUGCUCACGCUCAAACUUCGGUACCACAUGUUCCGGUUCAUGAAGCGCACGAGGAAUUUAUUGAGAAGCUCGAUAAACUUGUGACGCCGUACGAAAAACCUGGCGCUAUCGAGGUAAAGGAAGAACCUUUCAUAAAAGUUGUGAGGGAAAAGGAUGAUAUAGUGACAUCGCCUGUGAAGGAUACAACAAAGGAUAAGCAGGAUGCGCAAAAAAUUUGUGCAGAGAUAUUAAAGGACGAUCAACAUGUUUGCGAUCAGCAUAAAAAAUCGGCGGACGAUGAUACGUCUCGUAUGGAUGUGAUGCAGGCUGGUAUCGAGGACGUAUGCGUGAAGAAAGUGGCGAAACGGCCGUCUUUUGAAGAGAGGCUGGAGGAUGAGGAGAUAGAGGAGCCCGUGAUCGGCUUCGAGCAAAAGGUCUCGCCAGCGAAGGCGGAGAUAGUGAUGGUGACUCCCGGUUCUACACCGACUUCGCCGAAAUUCGUCGUGGACAAGAUAUACGGUGAAGGAUUGGAAAUCGGUUUUCGAGAGCCUCCCAAGUUGCCGGAGGAUAUCAAGCAAAUUCUUAGCAGGGAAGCGCCUAUUGAAGAAACAAUCGAGGAAUUGAUUAUCACGAAAAAGAAAAAGAUUACUAUCGAAGUGAUCGAAUAUAUUACCGUAAUGAGGCGCAUCCCGAGGGAACGCGUGAUUUACAUUAUCGAAGAGAUUAUCAUAAAGAAGGGACUUCCCAGAGAGAGCGUGGUAGACGAUCCCAAAAUUCUGAGCUUGAAGGAAUCUAUCACGCCUGAGAAGAGAAUGGAAAUCGAGGAAUAUAUCGUUAACGAAUACAUCGUCAAAGGAAAGCGAAUUACUAUAGAAGUCAUACAGGAAAUUUCAAUUAAAAAAGUUGUGCCUACGAAGUUUGUCGUCGAAAUUAUCGAAGAGAUCAUUGUUAAGAGAAAGAUUGCCAGACAUAUGAUACUAGAUGUUCCUGAAGAAGUAUUAUCGGAAAUAGUUAAAGAGAAAUCGCCGGAAGAAUCUCCAGAACAAUCGGCAGAGGAGCAGAUAACACCGAAAAUAGACAUAACUGCGAAACGAGAAUCCGUUGCUGAAGUUCCUAGUGCUCAGAAACGAGCAGAGGUUGAGGAAUUUAUCGUCAAUGAGUAUGUUAUUAAAGGGAAAAAGAUUACCGCAUCAACAAUCGACGAAAUUUCUGCUCAGAAGAUCGUACCCAAGCGAAUCCUCAUCGAAAUUAUUGAAGAGAUUGUUAUUAAAAAAAAGAUUCCCAGGAACACGUUACUUGAUGUUACCGAGGGAAAGUUAUUAACACUAUCUGAAAAGACACCUGAGGACGAGAAAGAAAAUUUAGUCGCUGAAAUUCCGAAAACAGAAUCGAUAACUUCGCAAAAAAGAGCGGAGGUUGAGGAAUUUAUUGUUAACGAAUAUGUUACCAAAGGAGAUAACAUUAAUGUUAAAAAACUUGAAGAAAUCUGUGGUAAGAAGAAGGUGCCUAAAAGAAUCAUUAUCGAGAUUAUUGAAGAAAUUAUUAUUAAAAGGAAAAUGCCGAGGCAUGCAGUACUUAGUAUAACCGCAGAAGAAUUAUCGCGCAUUAUCGAGGAGGUAGCGAUUCCAGAACCUCAAAUAUUGGCUGAGAAAUCGAUCGCUGAAGUGCCCAGCUCCGAAGAGAUAAAAAUUCCGAUUGAAUUGAAAAAAGACAAAAAGGAGGAUGAGCGAGAAACGAGCACUGACGAGGAAUUAUCGGCCCUGUCUGAAGAGGAGGACGUCGAGGAGGAAGUGGAUGGAUUUGUUAGUAUACCUAGAAGAAUUUCCGAUGCGACUGACGCAAAGAAGAAAGCAAUCUCAGAUAUUUCGCCUGCGGUUACGAAGGAGCACGAGAAAGACGUAAUUGACGACUUCGAAGCUGUCGAGCAAGAAUAUAAAGUACGUGAUGUACCAGUCACAUCUCCCGAUAAAGCGGACGAAAUGAAAGAAAAGGAAGACGUUGAAGAAUCGGUGGAAGAUACCACGAGUGAAGUGAUCGAGGCGGAUGAGAAAUUCGUGCAAGAAACUAAAGGAAAGGUGGGAGAAGAGGAGCCUCAGAUUACAAAGGAUAUUAAACCAGCUGAUGGAAAACGAAAAGAACGAGAAGCAUCCGAGACAUCGGAUAUUGCCGAAAAAUAUUUGGACGAGGCUAAGGAAAAAACGGACUUCUCCGAUAAGGGACCCUCAAUUGACAUACCAGAUAUUUCUAAAUCAAUUACACCAAGCCCGGAGGUAAUUGACGAGAAGCUUGGAAUAAAAGAAAUUGAGCCCGCGGUUAAAGAAAAAGUCGAGGAACCACAGCUUAAAGCAAAAGAGGAUAAAUCAAAACCGACAAGUCCAAUUAAAGACGAAAUAUUAAAAGAUACUGUGCAUUCUAUUGAAAAAGUUCCUGAAAAAGUUGCCGAAGGAGCGAAGCCGAAAACAAAACUUACAGAUGCAACAGGCUUUACACAAGAGCCGAAAGUAGAACUACUUGAAGACGAUAAGAAAUCUAAACUAUUAGAGACCGUAGAAAUUAAAGAAACUCCAGUAACUAAAGAAGAGAAAAGCCCUCAAGAAAUAUCAGCAAAAAUUGACGAUGGAACUGUCAAAAGGAUGCUUGUCACAUCAUGUAGCGAGGAUGGCAGAGAAGAAACUGAGAUUUGUCCAACCGGCAGUAUAACUUUCAUGAAGACCGUCACUCCAGAUGAUUCUCUUAAGGAUGCGUCCGUUAAAUCCACACCAGAUAAAGAUUCUUUAAUUUUAGAUAAGGACUCGCACUCGGGCAUGAGUACUCCCGAGAAGGAUAGCAUUUCCGAAAAAUCUGCGCCAGAAGGUAAGGAUAAGAUUAGUCCGGACGAUAGCUUGGAAAAAUCACCCGUUGGUCCUCGUGAUUCGCAGGAUCUUGAAGACAGUUUGGAAAAAUCGGAGUCGCGUAAGCCACAGAUGCCAGAAAAAUUGAAGGAUAUUACAAAGCCGAAAUCUCCCGUGGAGAAAGAUGACUUGAAGGAUAAAAUUGCCGAGAAAGAUAUAUCGAAGUCGCCUAAAGAGGAACGAGAGGAACUGAAAUCUCCCGAUAAGGGAGACGCAGGAAAAAUUGAGAAAGUAAAAUCUCCGCCUGAGGAAAAGCUCGAGAAACCUGGUUCUCCUAUUGAAAAAAUUGAGAAAUCACGAACUCCAUCACCUCUUGAUAUGACAACACAGAAAUCUCCAAUAGAAUCAGUCGAGAAACCAAAACUUCCAGUUGAGAAGGUGCUUCCAGAACCUAAGAAAGAAGGAACGAUUGGUGUUCCGAAGACACCCGAAUCACUCCAUUCAGAGGACAUUUCACCAGCCGAUACGAUUUUCUCGAAAUCACCCACAGAUAAACCUGAAAUGUAUUUUUCGAAGGCACCUAUUACCGAAGAAGACGUUGCUGACGAAGAAGUCAUUAAAAAAUUAUCUGAAUCUAUUAAAGAAAUUAAACCGGCCGUAGACAAAGAAUUACCGCUAUCCUUAGAGAAAUCCGAGCAAGAUAUUAAAUCUCUCGAUAAGUCUCCUAGUGUUCUAAGUGAUAAAGUUGAUGAAAGAGAAACUGAUAAGCCGAAAUCGCCUAGUAUCAUUGAGAAAGAAACGAUAAGUGAGAAGUUGCCUAUUUUCGAGAGUGAACAUUAUGAUAAAAAGGGACCAAUUGACGAAGCUAGAUCUCCAAGCGCGAUCAGCGAUAAAUCCGACGAAAGGAAGGAAGCCAAACGUUCAAAGUCACCGAGCAUAGCCGCGGAUAAGCCGGAUCUUCAAGAUGUGACGGAGCGUUAUUUAGAGAAACCAAAAUCCCCUAUUUUUGAUAGGCCAGAUUCGCCUAAAGCUAUUGAUAAGACUGAAGAAUCACAUGAUAAAGAUAGAUCUCCCAGUGUAGCUAGUGAUAAAUCAGAUAGCAAGAAAGUAAGUGACCGUUCUAGAUCACCAAGCGUUACUGUAGAAAAAAUAGAUAUCAAAGAUGUGGACUUGCCAAUCGAGAAAACCCGAUCGCCUAGCGCCACAAGUGUUAAGGACGAUAAACUAGAACAGUCUCCAGCAGCGAAAUCACCCGAAGUACCAAAAUCUCCGAAGUCUGAUAAAGAUAAAUCAGAUCUGAAAGAUAUAAUGCAAUCGGACAAAUCACGAUCGCCUAGUGUGACGAGCGGUAUUAGCGAACCUAAAGAACCAGAUCGUUCAAAAUCACCUAGCAUCGCUGGUGAAAAACCGGAUAUAAAAGAUGUUGCGGAAAUUGCGGAUCGCUCGAAAUCGCCAAGUGUAACUGGAGAAAAGCCAGAUUUAAAGGAUGUCACCGCUGAGAAAUCGAGAUCUUCUAGUAUCACAGGAGAACAAAAGGAGUUUGAUCGUUCUAAAUCUCCGAGUAUUGCUGAAGAGAAACCGGAUUUAAAGGAUGUCAUGGAACGAUCCGAUGAAAAAUCAAAAUCACCUAUCGCGAUAAGUGAUCUGAAGGGACUCGAAGAUCGAUCGAAAUCGCCUAGCAGUGCUGAUCUCACAGAUAUCACAGAACAAUCGUUGGAUAAAUCUAAAUCGCCUAGUAUCGCGAGUAUUACGUCUGAUCACAAGGAAUCAGCGGAAAAAGCAAAAUCGCCGAUUCCGGAUAAAAAGGGAGAACCCGACAGGAGCAAAUCUCCAAGUAUGGCAAGUGAAAAAUCCGACGGAAAAAAAUCGGCCGAUGGCUCGAGAGCGACCAGCGUUACGGAGGAAAAACCAGAUCUUAAAGACGUGAUGGAAACACCAGCCGAUAAAUCCAGGUCAUCUAGUGUCGCGAGUGAGAGAGCGGAAUUAUUUGGAAAGUCAACAUUGCCUACUGAUAAAUUAGAACCACCUGUUGAUCGAAGCAGAUCUUCCAGCGUUGCUAGCGAUAAAUCCGAUGAUAAGGGUAGCGUUAAAGAUCAUGAUAAAAGUGAUAAAUCUCCGAGUCCCCAACCAACGGAGAAAAUAGACGAUGACAGAUUAAAAACCGGUACAAUCGGCGAUCUGGAUUUUGUCGAUAAGACAAGAUCGUUAAGCAUUAUCAGCGAUAAGACGGAACCGAAAUCCGAUGUCUCAAAAUCACUCAGUUCAAUCGAUGACAAAGAUCAAAAAGAUAAGUCUAGAUCAUCCAGUGUUGCCAGCGAGAGGCCUGAUGACAUUAAAAUACCGGAAGCGAAGGGCGAACGAUCAACUUCGCCGAGUUUGGACACUGGAAAGACCGCAAAAGACGAAUCUGCUAAAUCGUCGCGAGCCAGUUCGCCGGUGGACAAAACUCCGAAGGAUAGAUCACGUUCGCAAAGCGUCUUCGAUGUUGGCGAGAAAACACCGACCAGCAGAUCUAGAACGGCCAGUUUAUUCGAGGAUAAGUUGUCAGAGAAGCUGCUUCCUCAAGAGGAAAAAGAUGCUUCUAUCUCGCAUCUCGAUAUGGAUAAACCAUUUGACGAGAAGGAUGAAUGUAAGAAAGGCAGCAAAAGUCCUACAACCUCGCCCGAGACAAUCGAGAAAAAGAUGCAGAAGAUCCGCGAGAAACGAUUUGCCGAUUUUAAAGAGCCGGACGUCGGACAGCCGAGCAAAAUAGAGAAAUCAGAUGACGAAGAAGAAGACGUCGUUAAAGUGACAUCUUCAAUUACAACUGAGAAGAAAAUGGAGAUCGAGAAAUACAUUUUAGAUGAGUUUAUCAUGAGGAACAGAAAGAUCAGUUUGACAAUGAUCGAGAGAUUGGUUAUGAUGUAUUCGGUGCCUCAGUUUAUAGUAAUGGAGAUAAUAGAAGACAUUAUCAACCGGCAAAACAUACCCAGGAGCGCGGUCUUCGAUUUCGUAGACGACGAAGCCUCGUUCGAGCCUCAAUACGAAAAAGAAGAGAAGCCUUUUGUGUCAACUGGCAUGGAUUUCGGAAGAGUUGAUGUUACUCAGGAGUACAUUCACGGAAAACCAGGCGACACCACGAGAGGUGAAGGUCCGGACGGCAAGAUAUCUCCUGUGGGAAGCGAUCGAUAUGACAGAGAUUCAAAAGCGGCGCUUUCUGCUAGCCGCAGCUUGAGCCCGGAAAUUCCUUCUGACAAAUCAACUCAGGAUAGUCCUCGAUCAGAGCCGCACAUAGACGAGGAGAUCCUGCUAUCGGAGGAAAAACGAAUGGAAAUCGAAAAGCUUUUGGAGGAGGAAUAUAUAAAGAAAGGAAAGAAAAUCACGGAGGUGGUACUCGAGGAGAUAAUUGUCAAGACGUCUCUACCCAGAUACAUUAUCUUAGAGAUCGUGGAGGAGAUCGUGAUGAAGAGAAAGAUCCCGAGAGAAUCUGUGAUCGAUGUGGAAAUUUAUCCAGAGGAGGAACCGGACGAGGCGAUGUAUCGCUACGAAGAAGGGGCGGACGUAGAUUACGAGCUGCCGCACGACGCUAGAAAAUCUUCGGUCGAGUACAAAAUAGGCAUGUAUCCGGAAUCGAGUGAGCGACAGAUGGAUAAGUCCGACUAUCCGACGGAUUAUGAGAGCCAGUUCCACAAGGCCUUCGUCGGUGGUAUGACAGAGAUGAGGACGACGCAUAUAACCACGCUGUCUGGAAAAUCCACUCCAGAAUUUACGCACGACGCGACUUCCGUAGCCGGCAAAGCGCUUGGAAAAAUACCGGAAUCUACGCUAACCACGACUCACAUAACGAAAACGGACGUGGAAGACACAAAGACUGCACAACCCGCGCAAACUAUUACAAUAUUGAGAGAAAGCAAAAUCGCGGAAACUAUCGACAAACCCGAAGAGACUGCGGGGAUUUCGGCGACAAUUACAUCCGAUGAGAAAUCUGGAAAAACAAUUGAAGUCAUGAAAAUAAUCGAAGAAGUCGAACCACAAGAAAUAGUCAAAGAAGUUAAGCGAUUGAGUACUCAGCAAGAUGAGCCUGAGGCGAUCACUAAGAUUAUCACGCGGGAAAUCGUGGAACACGAUGAACCGGAAGUGAUCACUAAGGUCGUCAAACGCGAAAUUAUCGAGCAAGACGAGCCUGAAAUUAUUACAAAGGUGAUCAGACGCGAGAUCGUCGUUCCUGACGAAGAAACGGACGAUUCGAAGGAGGAUUCCGGUGAAUAUGUAAAGACGAUUACGACGCGAACGAUCGUGACAGAGGAAUUACCGGAUACCGAAUUAACGCAAACAGAUCCUUUGAAAAUUUACACAGACCCCUCAGAUACAAUCUACAAGGUUGUGAGUGACGAAGAUGCGUCUGACGCAACGACCAGUGCUGACGUGAAGCGAAUCGUGACAACGGUGACCACGAUCACCGGUCCGGACGGCAAAGUUAUCACGAAGAAAGACGUCAAGGAGAGCACGGACACUUUGGCCAGCGAGGAAUUAUUGGAAAAAUUAACGGAAACCACAUCUGCGGAAAAGAUCAUCAAGGAAACGAUCACAACCGUGACAUCGGGCACUGCAACGCCCGACGUAAAAGCCUUCUACGAUUCCGGUAAAUCGACACCUGAUCUCAAACAGGAGACUAAACUCGAGUCUACAAUAAAGGAACGCUUAGAUGCAGACAAAUUCGAACAUCCGGUAUCGCCUUUGAUACGAGAACUUAUAUCUGAUGACAAGAGUUAUUCGGGCAAGUCUUCGCCGGAUAUAUCGCUGCCCAAAGACAUCGUCUUCAGCGGCAAGUCUACGCCGGAUAUUCCUAUGUCGCCGUUGAUCAGAGACGGCGCCGUGGUUCAGCCUCACGUGUCGGGCAGAUCGACGCCCGAUAGAAAAUCCGAUGGUCGAUCGUCGACGGCCACACCGGAAGGAUUCAGAUCGGGCGAGAUGAUCAGAACUAUUGUCACAACAACGAAGACGGUAUCCGACGAAGGUGAAAUAGUGACGACCACCAGGGAAGUUACAGAGACGACAAAUGAGAAGGGCGAGACAGUCGUGCUGGCGGAGAAGACCGACGUGAAGGUGGAUGAACGUCUACCAAGCAAAGAUGCCGCGGAAAGCGCAAUCAGCAGCAUUAUCGGCAGUAUCAAGUCCUCGGAGUUGCAGCGCAGCGGCAGCUCAGGAUCCGAUAUAAUCAGCGAAAAAGAUCGCGGUCCACCCAAUCCAUCGAGUGAGCACAGUAGCAAGGUCGUGACACAGCCGUGGGGUAGCAGCGAGGAGAGGCACACCUAUUCUGACGAUGAGCCACCCAGCUCGCCACUCUCCUCGACCUCGCAAGUCGGAUAUUCGCCGCAAGCGACGCGUCGCUACGAGUCAGCUUCCGACAAGCAAGAGGAACAGAUGGAAUUUUCGGCGGCAGCGAUGAGCAGCAGCUUCUACGGCGAGCUGCCGGCGGUGCCGCCGGAGAUCUCCGCUAUGAAGACCUUCCACGGCGAAACUGGUAUGCAGAAGGACAGCGAUCCCAUUUCUGUUCACAGAUUUACAGUUGAAAAGGAGCCCGUCGGCGAUUACGGCGAGAAGCCGGACGCGAAGAAAUACGUCGACGAGGCUGACCUUGAUUUCGAUAAGGCUCUGAUGGACAAGGAGAUGAAGGAGGCCGGAGGCGCUUUCAGCAGCGGAAUAUCGCCCAGAUACACGAACGGUAAUGUUCGACACGAACCAACCGACGAGAAAGAUCAUCCGUCGUCUUCGUUCCGGGACGACGCUAAGGAUGAUUCGAAAGGUGAUUCGAAAAAAGAUCCUUUAGAGGGAUGGGGAACCCCUCUCGGUCUGCCGUCUCCUAAACCGCCCAGAAAAUUUAACCUGAAGAACCCUGCUCAAUCUCCAUCGUGCUCAACCGAGACGACGUCCGAUACUCUAAAUUUCGAUGUUAUAAAAAAUUGGGGAGAACCUCUUAGGUUACCCUCUCCUGCACCGGUGACCAACGAAGUAUCGAACAAGGGUGCACCUAGUACGCCGAAAAAAGAGCGGAAGCAAGCGAAGAAGGUACAGUCAGAGAAUAUUAAGAAUAAAAAACGCUCGGAAAGCCCUGGUAAGAACGAAAAGAAGAUGAAGGAUUCGAAAAAUAAGAUCCAACCAGUUUACAUGGACUUGGCGUACGUGCCCCAUCACGGAAAUUCGUACUACACUUCCUUAGAAUUCUUCAAGAGAGUGCGAGCGAGAUAUUACGUCUUCAGCGGCACCGAGCCCAGCCGGGAAGUCUACGACGCUCUACUGGAAGCUAAAAAGACUUGGGAAGAUAAGGAUCUCGAGGUAACCAUGAUUCCGACUUACGACACCGAUACUUUGGGCUACUGGGUUGCCGAUAACGAGGAAGCGCUCGCGGCGAACCACAUAGAUCUGUCGCCGUCCGCGUCCAGGUGCACUAUCAAUCUCCAGGAUCACGAGACUAGUUGCAGUGCCUACAGGCUCGAGUUCUAGGGAUUGGCAGCCUGCUCAGCCGUAAUAGUCGAGUUCUGAGCGGCGUCCGGAACGCGUCAUCUAUUCCGCGCCUUCGAACCCACUUCUGCAGGGGAGAAAAAAGAAAAAAAAGAAGAGAAAAAGAAAGAGUCGAGCGCUCAGGCCGACCUACCGUCCCGUCAGGUGAUUCCUGACCCCCCUUCUAGGAGACCCGAAGACAAACAGCAUUUCAAAUUUUCGAGAGUCCCUCGCGGUCGUAGCUCCGCGGCCUAGCAGGAUCGUAGAAAUCCUGUCGAACCUCCUGUAGAGGCAGUCCUGAGGAAGCGAGAUCGACUUUCAGGUCGAUCUCGCUCAGGUCUCAAAAUUGGGAUUGUUUAAUCUAAUUUAGGACGUUCUCCUUCUUUCUUCGCGAGGAGACGGUGCGGGCGACGAGAAAAACGAAACAGGAGAGAGAAAGAGAAAGAGAGAUCGCGAGGGUUUCUUCUCUUGCACGGGAAUACAAGGUAUAAAUUAAUUAUUUACUUCUAAGAAAUGGAUUAUUGAGAGGGAGAAUUGUACAAUUCGAUUAAGAUUCACGUUGCGCUGAUAAUAACGGCGCUUAUCGACGGACGUUUAUAUUUCCACACUCUGCACCGUUCGCAGUCCGUAGCGCGCUGAUACCGCCUGCAAUAUCUUAACGAUUAAGAUGCUCAAGUCGAGGAAGUUUUUUGCGAAAAUUUCGCGCUGCGAAGCUAAAGCUAAAGGGACAAUUGACGUUGCAUGAGCGACGAUCGAUUGCUCCGUCGACGACGGUCCGUAAGCGCCGCGGUCCUGUGACAAUCUGUGUGCUCUAGCUACCAAAAAUUUACAAAUUGAUUUUAGGAUAUUCCAAUUUUCGAUCCACCGAACGUAGAUCGAACAGUCGACGCGAGACCUCCUCGCCCGCAUUCUCUCCUCGAUCAGCAGAUCAAAGUAAAACUUUUAAUAUCUCUGACACAGCUGCCGCUUCAAGAGCACCGCGUAGAGUAUUUAGUGUAUCAGUUAAAAGAAAAAAAGAAAAAAAAAAUGAGGGAAGAAAAGUACCGCAGUUCAAUUUACGCGGAGAGGCGUUCAUUGUGAAAGAGAUGGAACGCGCGAGCGCGUUCGACGGACGCGCAGGACGCGCGCGUUGUCGGAAGGGAUUCAUCGUCCGUGUCGAUGGAUCGCAUAUUGUCCUCUUCAAUGGGACACGUGAGGACGUGAGACGCGAGGAGAACGAUCCACGUUUCACCUGCGGAAACAAUAUCCUUCGUUGUUACGUGACUAACGGUCCCCUUUCUCGUCAUAAAUGUCUAUUCGUGCAUAGGUAAAAAAAAAAAAACGGAGCUAAAAUUCCAUCGAGAAGUACUAGGGUAGGAAUUAUCUGUAUGUCGUGUUUCUACAAUAUAUCGUAGAGAGAGAACAGAGAUGCGCGGAGGUGUGGUAUGGUCGGUUGACAGAUUCCGUCGCUGCGUCGUCCCUGCGACGUGGUCCAAGCUAUAGCCAAAGAGUCCGACGAGGAUGAUGCCGGAAUAGAUCCGUAAAGCGUUUCGUUGCCGUGAGGGGAGUGCAGGGCGAUGACAUGUCUCAAAACGUCCAUUCGACGGACGAACAAUUCGUCUUCGAUCAUUUCUUUAUAAAUCGCCUUCGAUUACGGGGGCCUUUUUUUUCUAAAGCUGCGACACGCGAACGGUAUUUCGGAAAACAGCGAUCGUAGCAGAAUUCGUUGAGCAUUUUUUACAAAACAUCGAUAUUAUACGUGCGAAAUUUGCGUGGACAAUGACGUUAUCUCUUCAUGAGAGGAAUAAAUCGUUCUGUUUGCUUGGCCACGUGUCGUAUCGCUAUUCCGACGAAAACAAAUAUUGGAUGCGAUAAUCCGAGCUAUCUUGCAAUGAUCGAAUAACUGUAGUGUCGCACAAACAAUUUUGCAGCUCGUGCAUUCUAUGGUCAGAUGUUUCAGGAGAGUUUCCUCGAGAUGCGAUUCGAGGAAAUGCCUGAGAACAUUUAAAAACUCCCAGGACAAAGGAGGAACUAACGAGUAGAAAAAUUAUCUGUCGAAAACAAUUCUUCAAAAGAAGAACUAUGAUGACAGAGAAAACUCGGCUGACCGAUGGCGUGAAGGAGGAGCUCGCUUAAAGCCGGACGCGCUUAAACCGUGACGUGGCGUCAAAAGAAUAGAUCAAAAAAGCGAGAGCGUCGAAAGAAAAACAGAUUAAAACAUGAUCUCCGCUGCAAGAAGUCACGUCAUUGUUCCCGCGUAAUGACAGAUCGGACAAAGUUCUAUCUGACGCGCCUAGUCGAAUCUCAGCGGCGUGAGAAACGUCUGGCCGAUCGCUGUUCUCUGAAGUAUCAGCGAGAAUACAUUCUAGGCGGAAUGAUUAAAGAUCAAUGAAACUUUUUGUACUUAACUUUUUCUUAGAGCUGAGGUGUUUUAAGCCGAAGCGUGACAAACUGACAAGACGAUGAUGACUACAACGACGGACAACGAUCUGAUAACACGGAGAGGAAAUGUAUGCCGAACAUCGCGCUUGUUUGAGAUUCUAUUUGAGACAUGGUUAUUAUUUAGCAAGUCGAUGGGCGGGCCGACAGGCCUCCCAUUCAUUUUUAUCUUUCGAUGGGAGCGUGGAAAAACUGUUUGCCGUGACUUCCGCUGAUACGCGUUUAUCAGCGAGUCUUCGUGAGGAAGCUGAAGGCAGUUAAGUUUCCUUUGUGCUCAAACAGCACAAAGGUGCAAAAUGUAUGUACAGAACGUACGUAAAGGACUUCCGGAGAACCAAGUUCUUUCGGAUGUUUUUUACGAUUUUAGACACUUACAUAUGCUGUCGGAGAGGGUAUCCCAUCUUUUGUAGGAGAUUCCGAAAGAGAGACCGGGUCGUACCAAAUAUCUUGACUCUUAAUAUUCUUAUAUAAUUGUACCUUAAAAACAAACCCAUCUAGUGCCGACCCUGCGUGCGUACCCCUAGAUCGCAAUUGACGCAUGCCGACAAUGUCAUGCGAGUCGAUGUAUAUUCACCUUGAAUUAAUUAAAUUUGAAUUGAAAUCAAAAUCGUGUCGGUUUCGACUCGAUGCGAGAAUGAAAUGCCGCAGCUGCGAUUUAAGGACGCGUACCGAGAAUGCGUACGUAGAAGUUGAUCAUUAUCCGGAAUUACGAGAGAACAUACAGGCCGGAAGGAGAAUCGCGAUAUACAAGAGGUAACAGAGAGACAAGUGCGAUUAAGCGCAAUAUCGAAACUGUAACUUAUAGAGGAUACCUUUACUCACCAUUCUCGCGAGAUCCAUAGACGCAAGUCAAUAAUUUGACGAAAUUAAAUUGAAUUAUUAUUGACGAAAAUUAAAUUAUCACAAAGAUGGUAGACCAUCAUGUCUAACAAUAGACAUCCUACAUAUGAUUUUACGAGAGACUAAAGAGAAUUCUAAGUUUAAAAAAUGAGAACGCCUAAAAGAUUGGGACGUCAUUCGCACGUUGUGUUGGUCGGUUGAAGCAUGAUCCUAAUGAACUACAAACGGAUUUCGCCGAAUGAAAGUCGGAAAAAGCUCUCCUCUAUACGAGACACAUUCGUGCCUACACGAAAACGAUGGUGCUCGAUUAGACCGAUCGUUGAUGACGAUAUUGAGGUACCGGUGAUAUAUAUCGAGGGAGGAGAGACGGCGAUGAAAGCGAUUUGUCUUGUCGCUGCAAAACGAGAAGCGAUAGAACGGCCCUCGGGCCCCGGUUUCUAUAGAUUAGUGCGUAAGUUUUUUACCGCCUGUAAGUUACACACGAUUUUCUGUUCCGAUCGCGAGAGAUUUACUUUCCCCGCACGCAUACACGUACAUAUAUCAUAUCGCCCACGUACUCAUCUGUCAUUUCGUCCGAUUAUUUAUUGUUCAUUCUUCGUUUGCGUUCAUGAUCAUUUUUUUUUAAUCGCAUUCAUCGAACGCGAAGACGCGUUCAUUCGGAAAUCAGUCGUCAAGGAAGCGAAAGACUAACAAUGCCGUUUCCGGCAGAGUUAAGCGCGAUCAAGAUUUUACUUCGCCGAUCGGCGAAAGAGAAGACGAACGAGGGAGAGAAUUUUGUAAUAGGAAAAAACGUGAGAGAGAGAGAGAGAGAGAGAGAGAGAAAGAGAGAGAAGAGUAAAAAUGGCGUAAGGGACAUCAAGAAAAAGAGAGAUGAGAACGAUCGAUAUUGUUAUAAAUACAAUUACUAUCAUACUAAUUAUUUUUAACGACUAUUGUGCUUGUUAUCAUUGCGAUUAAUAUUAUUGUGCUGCUAUUAUUAUUACUGCGACUACUAUUAAUAUUAUUGAUAUUACGAUUAUGUUCAUGAGAGAGGGUCAUUAUCAUCAUCAUCAUCGUUCUCUUUCUAUCAUGUACAUGAAUAGAGAGUUUUUAUAUUUAUCGAUACCUUCAUACGUAUGAUAGCGAGUGGACGUGCAAGAGAAAAGUAUUUAAGAGAGAAGUAGAAAGAGAGAAGGAAAAGAGAGAGAGAAAGAGAGAGAGAGAAAGAGAGACAGGGAGGGAGAGGGAUGAUGACGAUGAAAUAUAUGUACCUAUGUAUUUACGUAUUAUUUAUUGACAAGUAAUAUAAUGACCAGUUAUCUAGGUAGGAUGUUAAAAUUAUGAAAUUCAAUUUAACGAAAAAACAAAAUAAAUUAAUGAACUAUUAAAUGAAAAGCUAUUGUCGAUCGAUGAUGAUGCGCGCAGGAUAGAUUAAAAUAAACAAUUUAUUGGAGUAAUUUAAAUAAAAA